AUGUAUCGUCGGGGUCUGGUGUUCCGCAGACUCUGGGGCACUUUUUUCGAUCCAAAGAGCUCCACAGGAUCCUAUUUGGGAAUGGAAGCUCAGAUAUCUGGAAUAGAUGAAGUACAACGGGCUCUGCUUGCGGAAGAGCUCAUCCUCACAGACGCUGAAGACCGGGUCAUCGGACGCUGUUCCAAAGCGGACGCCCAUCUCGUCUCGAAUAACCUACCUUUGCACAGAGCUUUCUCGGUUUUUCUCUUCGACGAAGACAACCGCUUGAUUCUGCAGCAGCGAGCGGCAACAAAGGUCACGUUUCCUCUGCUGUGGGCGAACACCUGCUGCUCGCACCCUCUCUUCAACCCGGACGAGUGCAACGUCUCGGACCCGGUGCUUGGCGUGAAACGUGCUGCGUUGAGAAAGCUUCAACAAGAACUUGGCCUGACCGGUCUCCAUCCUGACGACCUUUCAUACUUGACACGCAUCCGAUAUAGGGCUGUUUGUCGUACAAAUACCGCUUGGGGCGAGCACGAAGUCGACUAUAUCCUCUUUGCACGCAAGAAAGUCGUGCUGGACGGCAGUACGGGCACUGGAUUGCGCGUAGAGCCGAAUGCCAACGAGGUCGCCGCAGUGAAAGCAUGCACACGGGAAGAUAUCUACAAAUUGUUACAGCACCAGGCGGACACUUUGACUCCAUGGUUCCGUAUGAUCGCUCGGACGCUUCUCCCGGAAUGGUGGCAAAACUUAGGCGCUGCUCUUGCACAGCAACGCCCUUAUUUUGACCCCAUCCGUAUCCAUGAUUUGGGUACGUCAUGA